AUGGGAUUAAGUGGUCAGCUAGAAUUUGAGGUGGAAAUUAAGACUCCAGGAAGCGUUUUCCUCGAAAUAUAUGGCAGUAACAAAGAACAUCUCCCUAAAAUAUGCUCACAUAUUGUCCCAAGAAUUGACUUGCUUGAAGGAGAGUGGGGACAAGCUGGAUGCGUUAUCAUGGUAUAUUACUCCAUUGUUGAUAUGGUAAUGGUAGUUGGUGGUGAUGAUGGUGGUGGUUGUAGACGUACUAUAGGUGGUGAGGGAAAGGAGAUGACUUCAAAGGAGUUGGUGGAAGAAGUAGAUGAGAAAAACAAGUCAAUUACAUACAAUCUACUUGAAGGAGAUCUAAUGAAGUUGUACAAGACUCUUAGAUUUACCUUCCAAAUUAUAACAACGAAUGACGCUGAAUUUGUCAAGACAAAGAUCGAGUAUGAGAAGGUGAGUGAGGAUGCUCCAUAUCCAGAUAUGUUGAAGGACUUUGUUACUGCAGUCACCCAAACCAUUGACGCAUAUUAUAGCCAAGUUUCAAACCACUGA